UUUAUUUGUCACAUUUAGUCCUCAUUAUUUGGUGUUCUUAGAACCACCCUUCACCCUCCUUCCCUUCACAGAUCCUUAAGCUCACAAAGGUUAACUGGUUUUUCUCACAUAGCCAGUGAGUGGCAGAGGAGGCUUCAGACUGAACCUUUUUGCUCCAAAGUGGAGUUCUUUUCAUCAGACACUUCCUUUGUCUAGGCUAUUGGCUGGAAUUGUUCUUCAGCCAAACCCUAGCCCCAGAACAGCUGCUUCCUCAAUUUCUCCCCUUGAGAACUCUCCAUUUGGGUUCCGUUUUCGAGCACAGUGUGCUCUACUUUGCUUCUGCAUUGAUCACAUCAGAAAUGAAAUACAGCGGACAUUUUUUGAGUGGUGCAGGGGGAUGAAUACUUGGAGUCAAGAGCCUUGGGUUCUUGUCCUGGCUCUGCCACUAACUGGCUGUGGAGCCUUGAGCAAGUCCCCUGUCUUUUCAGUGCUUUAGCUUACCUUUGAAUAAAAAUGGGUAAGUGCCUUCUGACUCUCAGGCUCUUGUCCAGUUCUUCCUUCCUGUCCUCCAGCAGGCUCUCCGUGGAGGCCGGGACCCCUCUCCUCCCCAUGGGCAGCUGCCAGGCAGGGCACAACCUGCAUCUCUGUCUCGCCCACCACCCACCUCUGGUCUGUGCCACUUUGAUCCUGCUGCUUCUUGGCCUUUCAGGCCUGGGCCUUGGCAGCUUCCUCCUCACCCACAGGACUGGCCUGCGCAGCCCUGACAUCCCUCAGGACUGGGUCUCUUUCCUGAGAUCUUUUGGCCAGCUGACCCUGUGCCCCGUGAAUGGGACAGCCACACGGAAGCCGCGUGGAUCUCACGUUGUAGGCUUACUGACCACCUUGAAUUUCGGAGAUGGUCCAGACAGGAACAAGACCCAGACAUUCGAAACCCAGGUCCUGGGUAGUCAUAUUGGAUUGAAAGGAUCCUCUGCAACAGAGCUGGUCCUCAUUACAGCCAGGGUGACCGCAGAGAGGACCCCAGGAACCUGCCUGUAUUUUAGUGCUGCCCCAGGAAUCCUGCCCGCCAGCCAGCCCCCCAUAUCCUGCUCAGAGGAGGGAGCAGGAAAUGCCACCUUGAAUUCUAGGAUGGCUGAGGAGUGUGUCAGGGUCUGGAGCCACGAAGGCCUUGUGCUCACCAAGCUGCUCACGUCGGAGGAGCUGGCUCUGUGUGGCUCCAGACUGUUUGUUUUGGGCUCCUUCCUGCUUCUCUUCUGUGGCCUUCUCUGCUGUCUCACUGCUGUGUGCUUUCACCCGCGCCGGGAAUCCCACUGGUCUAGAACCCGGCUCUGAGGGCGCUGGCCUAGUUCCCAACUUGUUCUCAGGUGUGAAUCAACUUCUCUGGCCUUUGUUCUGAGUUCGAAGAGAUGUUACAAAAAAUGGAGAGCUGGAAUGUGGGGGGAAAUAAAAGGCUUUUUUGCCCAA